CGAGUGUCCUCAGUUGAAAUCCGAACGGCGACCGGUCGAGACGUCCGCGCGACUUUGCUCAAUUUUGGGCGCGCGUCGCGACAGCAAUACAACCCGUCACGACGACUCUCGUUCAGGAAUCCGCGAUAUGGACAACCAGGUCGGUGGUGGAUCGAGGAUCGACCGACGUGAAAAACAUUCGUUAACUUGACAACGCUUUUAGGGUGCCGCGUUCGGUUUCCUGUGUCGUGCUUUCCCGCUUCCUGGCGUUGAGUUUGCUCUGUAGCUCGACGACAACGAUUUCUCCCUUCGAUUCUAACGCUCCUUGCCCUGUCGCGACGCGUGCGCCCAAACAAUUCCUCAAAUUGUUGAAUUUAUUCCACGAAAUCUUUGCAAUAAGUUUAACGAGACAUACCUCGCCGCGCAAAAGACGAUACGAGACAGAGAGGCGCGCUGUUUGAGAAACGGACAAGGAGAGAGUGGGGAAGUGUGACGAAGAGGGGUUCGCAGUUCUUAUGUUUUUACGUGAGAUUUAUUGGAUCGGAUAUCGUUGAACUGGCACGCGUCGUCGACCUGACGGUGUCCUAUCGAACGCUCAGGAUACGAUCAUGUUUCUCGCGAGUGUUGAGCGAGUUGUUUAACGGUGACAAGAAUCCAAAUAUUCGUCGGGGAAAACAUUUAACGAUAGCAGAAUGGUUUCAAGUGUCGGCACUACCUAAGAUACUCCGAGGAGAGACAAAGGGAAAAGAUCGUGCCGAGAGGCUGGGUGUUUACGGGUCCGGAUCCGCUGAAACACUAUUCAGGACUCCACGACCGCGAGUUUUCUUGGAAGCUUAGCCUUGAGAAUGGAUAUGGAUGCAGUGUCGAAUAGGCUGAUGGCGCCUGGGAAGAUCGUGGAUAUUACUACCUACCACUCUUCUUUUUAUUCUCCGCCACCCACCGAGGCAUCGCGGUCUGGGUACGAUUCUAGUAGCGGCGGAGAGUCUGACAACGAAUACAGUGCCAGCGUCUGUCGUGGGGCCGGCAAUCAGUCUCAGAAUCCGAACACGACCGCGAGUCAUGGGCAAGGGAAGCACAUAAACAAAGGAAGGUGGACCAAAGAGGAGGACGCUCUGUUGAAGCAACUAGUGAGCAACGCGGAGCAACUCGGGAACGGACUUCGAUGGGACGCCAUAGCCGGCCACUUUCCAGACCGGAGCGAUGUUCAGUGUCAACAGAGAUGGGCGAAGGUCGUGAAUCCGGAGCUGGUCAAGGGACCGUGGACGAAAGAGGAGGACGAAAAAGUGGUAGAAUUAGUGGAACGAUACGGGCCGAAGAAGUGGACGUUAAUUGCACGGCAUCUGAAGGGUCGUAUCGGUAAGCAGUGCCGGGAACGAUGGCACAAUCACCUGAACCCGGGUAUCAAGAAAACCGCGUGGACGGAGGCGGAGGACAGGAUCAUCGUCGAGGCACACCGCAGGGUGGGCAAUCAGUGGGCGAAAAUAGCGAAGCUGUUACCGGGAAGGACGGACAAUGCCAUAAAAAAUCAUUGGAACAGCACCAUGAGAAGAAAGUAUGAGACUGAAGAGGGCAGAUCCACCACUGGCACAAGAGGGAGGGGUAGAAGAAAAGCUGUGGUGGAAGCGUCGGUGCCGUCUAGAGACAGUCUGUGUACAGAAGAAGAUUUACCGAGUCAGAGUCGUUUGAAGGCGUCGACGAGUAAGGAAAACAUAUCGAGCAACGCGCAACAACAUAAUCUAGGCAUUGACCAGCUGGACUGGGCCAGGGCUUGGGAUAAUCAACAGAGCGAUCAGACUUACCAUCCGCUGCUGAGUCUGAACGAACGCACGCACGGGAGCGAAUCACAACUAAAUUCUCCUUCGAAGAAGAGCUCCUCUCCCAGAGUCAAGACUGAACAAAUAUCACCCUUCACUAAGUACUUUGAUUUACAAAUGCAAAACGAAGUUGAUUCGAAGAGCUCGGAGAUUAGAUUAAUGCCAAUGCCAGACCUAGAAGAGUUACCAAGCACCCUAACGGAGAAAGAGAGGAGCAGUCCACCCCCCAUUCUGCGGCGGCGCAGAAAUAUUCAGCUCCUUCAGCAAAGGACAGAAACCCCUGACAGCGCGAGUCAGUCUGAUUACAUGUUGAUGAACCAACAGCAGCAACAGACUGGUGACACCACCCCAUCCACGCCCAUUAAACAACUGCCUUUCAGUCCGUCACAGUUCUUGAACAGCCUGAGUCCGGACACCUCCUCGUGGCCACGGGCGAGCACGCCGAAAGGUAGCAGCCCGGGUCCGCUCACGACACCUCAGCCCACUGGUCUUCGACGAAGUCAGAACGAUGGCAAUACGCCGAGGACGCCGACACCGUUCAAAAAUGCGUUGGCCGAGUUAGAACGGCGAAGCGGCGCGACUACUCAGUUACCUGCCACCCCAAGCCGCCUGGACGCUUUAACCGAAAUUAUAAAACAGGAAACCGAUCGCGAAAGUCUAGCAGGGACCAGUGGCAUCCUCCAGGACUCCGGUUACGGCACGAUCAGGAGGCGGGGUAAGGAGAAUAGCGCGCCCGGUGGAAAGAGAGCGCGCAAAGCUCUUUGUCAAGCUUGGGCAAAUGCUUCUCAGGAUAAUUCCGAAAUGAGUUUCAUUGUAGAAACACCGAGCAAAAGUUUGGAUACGUCUGUAUUAUUUUCGCCGGCAUCCAUGGCGUUGGAAGAUAGUUUCUUAACAGCAGGAACUAGCCCACUAGGCACUAGGGACGUGAAGACUUCCUACGACUUUGUGUCCGUACAACGGAAGCCCAACGCCAAGAGGGCGAUCACGUUCGACGCGUUCGACAGUCCUUGUUGUAUCCUCAGCCCUCUGCCGCUCAGGCCAGCUAAACGCGCCAAGAUACAAUUGGAAGCGCAAUGGACAGCGGUAGCAUGUGGACGGACGCGGGACCAACUCGAUAUGACGCAGGCUGCCCGACGAUUUCUCAGCAGUAACGGGUACCUGCCGUUACGUCCUCGUUCGCUGAAUUUUUAAAAGUCUUCGCUGUAGCAGCGAUGACUCGGUCGCACUUCGUGGUACAAAAAAGAACGCGACGUUGAACUAGUCGUAAUUAAAAGGAAAGAAUGAAAACUAUGCGGCGCUUCCGUUUAAGGAAUACGGCCUUUUCUCUAUUGGAUGAGAUAAGAGUUUAAACUAAAACGAAGUUAUUGGAAAAGAGAUAUAUAUCUAUCUAUUAGGCAAAUUUACGGAUCGAGGGCGAACGCGUCCGCGCAUUGACAAAGGUAUGAUUGAAAACAGUCGAAACUCUUUUCUCCGAAUGAAACCGCGAUGUAAACGGAAUUACAUCUGAAAAGGAGAGGGAAUACUUCCGUUUGCAGGUUUUAUUCUCAGCGGGUUCGCAUCGGACACGAGUAAACCGCAGAAACGAAAGCAAAACGAUAGACGCUUUUGCACUUUUUUGUUUUUUGGUGAUAGGAAGUUGCUACUGCAAUCGUCUUAGAUUAAAGUGGUAGAGCGUAGGAGUAGCGAAUCUCGCAGAUUUUCACUUCGGUAAACAUUGCUUGUUCCCGUUGAGAUACGCGCAAAUUAUAUACAUUUUUUUUGUAAUUGUGUUUUUUAGAGGGCAACGGCACCAGGAAUGUUUACGCGAAGCAACUCAUACGUGUAUUAUAUGUUACAAUUAAUUUCGUACAUGAAAUUUUUUCUUUUAUAUCAAUUUAUUCUUGGACAUUUUUGCUAAUAGGCAGUAGCGACCUUCUUAUCACGUUCGUACGAAAAUGAUAAAAGAAUGGAAUAAUAGCCGGUUUAUUUGAUACAAUAGUAUAUAUAAUAUAAUAUAAAACAAAAAGCAUUAUUGCGGCCGUUAUGUACAAAGAGCCUUUUUUGUAACUGGUAUUUAAUUUACAACUGAAUAAUAAAAGACGUGAUGAUAAUCACACCAAAAAAGAAA